CUACGCUAUCUAAGGAGUCACGAAGUUACAUUGACUUUUCAAUUCAUAUAAUGGAGGAGACAGGACCAGUAAGAGAGGACAUGUUUGAGUGCUUGGAGGAGUUCCAGGUGGUCCUCAAUGAGCUUGUUGGGGACAAGAGUAUGGACAAGGUCCGGGUGGAGUACGAGAAGCUCAUCCAUGCACUGAAGAAGGCCAGAGAGAAUGAGAAGAGGCUAAUGUCCAAAUGCAGAGAGCUGAAUGCAGAGAUUGUGUCCACCUCAACUAAAGUUGCAGCUGCCCUGAAACUGUCCCAGGAAGAUGAGACAACAAUUACUUCACUAAAAAGGGAGCUGGAUAAAGCUUGGAAAAUGGUAGAUGCUGCUCAUGAUAAAGAGAAGAAGGACAAAGAGACCAUCAGGAAUUUAAAAGAAGAAGUUUCCAACCUAAUCAAAAUGGCUGAACAGAAAACUGGCUUCUCUAAGGACCAGGAGCAGAGUGAUCUACUAAAAAUGAAUGAGGAGUUGACCAAGGAGAGAGAUCAGCUGCUGAUAACCAUGGAGGGUCUGAGAGAAAAACUAAACAAGGCCGUCAUAACCCAGCAGGAGAUAGAGGCCCAACGAGAUAGUGCCUUAGAAAAUAUAUCACAGCUCCAGCAGGAGUUCCAGGUACAGCAGAACGAGAUUUCCCGGGAGAUGAGGUUGAAGGAAAAGCUGGACAAGGAGGUGAAAGAGCUGCACACCAACAUAGAGGCCAAGAUGGGGGAAAUCAAAGCUCUGAAUCUGCAGGGCCAAAAGGCCAAAGAGGAGCAGCAGAGACUGGAGCAGCAGCUGAAAGAGCUCAAGAUCUUGAAUGAGCGAUCCACCAAGGAGCUGGAGCAGAUGCAAGUGAAGAACACCAAGCUGCAGCAGGAGUGUGAGCAGCUCUCAUCACUCAAAGAACGUCUCUCUUUGGAAAAUCAGCAGAACACAAAUGAACUCAAGAUGAGAGAAGAGGAGGUGAAUCAGAUGCGUCAGGAGAUUACCAAACAAACAAAGAUGAGAGAAGCCAUCCAGAAGAAGCUCCACCAGAUGGAGGAUCAGAAAGCUGAUGUGGAUGUGCAGAGGGAGACACUGAAAGCUCAGAUCGCUGGUCUGGAGAAAGAUCUUGAAUCUUCCCAAAAGCAAGUUGAAACUGACAGGAAAGCCAUAGACGAGCUGAUCCGAGAGAGAGACAUCCUAAAUAAGAACAUGGUCAAAGCUGCACAGUCAACUGAGAAACAGCAGAACCUUGUGAAGCUCCUGGAGCAGGACAAGAAGACCUUGGAACACGAGAUCAAUGGAUACCGCCAGGAGGCCCAAAAGCAGCGCAAGAUCAUCCAACAGCUGGAAAAAGAACGUGACCGCUACAUCAAUGAGACAAGCAACCUCAUGCAGAAGGUCCAACAAAAAAUGAAUGACAUUGAAGUAAGAGAGAUGGAGAUAUUUGAUUGGAGGAAGAAGGUCACUGAGGCAGAGUGCAAGCUCAAACAGCAAGAGAACCUGCUGGAAUCUGUUGUGUCUGAAAGAAACAUGUACAGCAAAAACCUCAUUGAGGCUCAGGAAGAGAUUGCAGAGAUGAAGAGGAAGAUGAAGACCAUGAACAACCAGGUCAACCGAUUGAGAGAUGAGAUCACUGGAAAGGAGCUGGCCCUUACCAAGGAUCAGCAGGAACACAAGCGCUUAGAGAAGGAUAACGAGGCCCUCAAGGCGGAGCUGCAGAUGAUGAAGCUCCAGCUUGAAGACACAAAGCAGCGUGUUGACAGUCAGAAAGCAGAACAGCAAAAACUGCAGAAGAUUAUAGCUGAUGCUGAUGCUGAGCAGAUCCAACAGAAGAAGCAACUGGAACAGGUGAUAAGAGAGCGGGACAACCUGGGCAAACAGCUGCUACGCCGCAACGAUGAGCGCACGCUGCUGUGUGAGAAGAUCAGGAUCCAGCAGUCAAUCCUGAGCAAGGGGGACUUCCACUACAACCAGCUGAUGGAAGACAUUCGCCUGCUCAAGCUGGAGAUCAAGAGGCUCCGGCGCAAGAAGAACAUUCUGGACAAGACUGUACCCAACACAGAGGACCUGAGGCGGGAGCUGUUCCACCUGCAGAGGGAGCUGCUUAGAGAGAGGACGAGGAACAGCAUCCUCGAGGAGCAGCUGAAGCCCAUAAAUAUUCACAGAUGGAGACGACUGGAGGGCAGUGACCCCGGCAAAUACGAACUCAUCCAGAAGAUUCAGUCCUUACAAAAACGACUGAUCGCCAAAACCCAAGAGCUUGAGGAACGGGAACUCCUAUUACAGGAAAAGGAGAAGCUGUAUGUGGAGCUGAAGCACAUUCUGGCCCGGCAGCCGGGUCCCGAGGCUGCUGAGCAGCUCCAGCAGUGCCAGUGGACGAUCAGAGAGAGAACUAAAAAGCUCAAGGUGUUGAUAGCAGAGCUGAGAAUGCUCGACUCAAAGAUGAAUGAGUACAAAAGUGAGAAUCAAAGUUUAGCUAAUGAGCUAGCAAACAUUAAGAAGAAGUACCUCUUUCAGAAAAAGCUUCACAGUGAGCAGAGGACCAAGACUAAGGUGGAGCAGCUGGAACCCCUGCCCCAGCUGAGCAGCAAACCUCAUUUCACCGGAGGAGGCUUCAGGAUCGAAAACCCCGUGAGAAGAUAAUGGCCGUUAUGAUGGAAUAUUUUAUAAUCCAUCUGACACAUUAUCAGCACCUUUUUAUCCUGUAUUUUACCUUUAUGCAAUCAUGAACUCUCUGGUCAAUACUUUCACAAUUUAGAUGGAUGACAUGUAUGACUUACAAUAAUGGUAACUUAAUGAUAAAAAAUACUGCUAAUUUCAUUUGGAGAGUCCGAAGGGUGUGCCCCAUCCCUCCCAUCAUACCAGGAUAUAUAUAUAUAUAUAUAUACAUUUUCA